AUGGCCAAUUAUUGGUAAUAAUAUUAAAAUGAGAGAAGUACUCUAUAGUAUUUUUGUAAGAAAAACUACAAGCAUUUAAGAUAUUACUGAAAUUAAAGCAAAGAAUUCUCAAAUAUAUUGCAUGCCUUCAGUAAUUAUAGAAAAUAUUUUCGAUACAAACCAGAUUUAGUUGAUAUUGCAGUUGUUCUUAUUAAACAAAUACAAGAGUAUGAUUGUUUCUAAGCUUUAGUCAAUCUAUUAUAUUUAUAUCAUUUCCUUAGUGUAUUUUAAAAUGAUACAGUAUAUUCCUAUAGAUUAAAUUUUUUACUAGAUAAAUUGAAUAGAGAAUAAAGAUUUUUGAAGAGAAUCUAUAGAGAAUUCUACCUACUCUAUAUAAUAAUCUUAAAGCAAUUAAAUUAGAAACUAAACUAUACUAGCGAAAUGGUUCUUGAAAAUAUAUUUAGCUCAAUUUAAAUUCGCAAUGCUUUUCAAAAUUAUGAGAUAAUAUCGUUUUGCGAAGGAGAAAUCUAUUUAUUCAAAUUUGCAAUUUGUUAUAUAAAAUUUUUUUAAAUAGAAUUAAAAGUAAAUAUUACUAUUUAUAUCAAUUAGAUGAGAUUGUACGUAUUUUAAGUAAUUGUAGGUAUAAAAACUAAAGAAGGAAAAAGACACUAUUUAGAAUACUUGUAUUAUUUUAGCAAGAAUACAUUUAGGAAAUUAUGGAAAUGAAUUAGUUAAGAUAGUUUAAUAAGUUUAUAUAAAUUAAUACUUAUUAUAGAGAAGAUUCAAAGGAAGAACAAUAAAUUUUUAAAUAAAAUUAUAUAUAAGUUAUGUAAUUUCAUGUUUUAAAUAGUUUAUAAAUGAUGAAAGUAUUUAGGUAUUAUAGUAUAUUUACUUAGGAUUUACUCUUAAUAAAUUAGAUGUAGUGUAUUAUAAGUGAGAUCAGAAGAAUUUGAUCAUUAAAGAUUAUCUGCUUUGUUUUCUGAAAUUGAUUUCAAUAAGUUAGAAACUGUUCUUGGGAAUGAGGAAUUAGUGAUUUAGAUAAAACAGUAAGGAAAUAUAUUGAAGUAAUAUUUAGUGUAUAAAAUUAUACUUUGAGGCUGCUUUAUCUGAAGAUUCAAACAAAAAAAUAAUAAGAAAGAGAGAGAGAAGAUAAUUAUGAUUAUUUAGAGGAUUUCAAGAUAGCUGCUAAAUAAAUAAAAGAAGAAAUAGAAUAGAUUGGAAAUGCUAUUUAUAAACAAGGAGAAAUUCCUUUGUAAACAAAUGAAGACUUAAAGUUGUUAAUGGUUUAAUUUAUCCUAUAUGAAUAUCAGAAUGUAUAUCAUUCUUAUAGAAUUAAAAGCCUGUAUAUGUAUUGAGUAUUGAUUUGAAGCAAAGGUUUAGGAUAUGCAGCCAGAAAUCAUGUAAGAGAUCAGUACUAAAAAGUGUUACAGGUCAUACUGGUAGAAAUGGAUCAUCAAUGAGUGGUAGAAUAGAAAGAUAUGGUGAAUGA